UAUAUAUAUAUAUAAAAUGGGUGACUGUAUUUAAUCGUAUAGUGUAGUUGAACACACACCAAAACCCUAAAAGGGGUUUCUUUGUAAGAACAAUUCGCCGCUGGAUUGAUCAGACUCAUAAACUUCUUAAACUUCUACCUUUCAUUUCUCUUGUUCUCACCACCCUCCGCUCUCUGUUUUAUCGCAACACUUUCUUACACUGUUUUUCUUGUUGCGGUUAGUGUCACUGCUGCAACUAAUUGCGAACAUGUUGCCGGAAUUUGUUUUCCUUUAUUUAUAGUUCCUCGAUUGAUGAUGAAAUAGCCGAGUCAAUAUUUAGCUUCUCUGUUCGAUCGACGACUUUGAUUGUUUCAGAGUGAAAUGAACUUUUUUUAAGUUUUGAUGAUCAAGUGUUUUUAGGGUUUGUGGAAUGAGUGUUUGAUUGUGGUUUCUGAAAAUGUUGUCUGAAAUGGGAAGGAGACCGAUGAUUGGUGGUAACGAAGGAUCGUUUGGAGAUGAAUUGGAGAAGGAGAUAGGAUUGUUGCUUCGUGAACAGAGGCAACAAGACCCCGACGACCGUGAAAAGGAGUUGAAUUUGUAUAGAAGUGGCUCAGCUCCACCUACUGUUGAGGGUUCAUUGAGUGCAGUUGGUGGGUUGUUUAAUCACGGUGGCAGUGGCAGUGGCAGUGGCGGCGGUGGUGCUUUUUCAGAGUUUGUUCAUAAUAAGAGCGGCGGUAAUGGAGUUAUGUCUGAAGAAGAGCUUAGGUCUGACCCUGCUUAUUUAUCUUAUUACUAUUCUAAUGUGAAUCUAAACCCUAGGUUGCCACCUCCAUUGCUUUCGAAAGAGGAUUGGCGGUCUGCGCAGAGACUGAAAGGAGGGAGUACAGGGUUUGGGGGGAUUGGAGAUAGAAGGAACAUAAGUAGGACUGAUAGUGGGAGAUCGUUGUUUUCUAUGCCCCCGGGGUUUAAUUCGAAGAAAGGAGAUAGUGAGGGUGAGCAAAAUAAUGUUGGCAGUUCGGCUGAGUGGGGUGGUGAUGGACUGAUUGGCUUACCUGGGUUAGGUCUAGGUGAGAAACAGAAGAGCCUUGCUGAAAUAUUUCAGAACUCAGUACCUGUGCGGGAUGAUUUGGGUUGUUCAGCACCUGCUUCCAGGCUUCCUUCUCGGCCUGCUAGCCGAAAUGCUUUUGAUGAACAUAACGAGAUUGCAGUUUCUGCCGAAGCUGAGCUGGCUCAUUUGCGUGGUGAAUUGACAUCUGCAGAUACUGUACAAGCUGGUAUGAAUGUCCAGAACUUGUCUGCUUCCCGAAAUGUUGGUGCUCCUAUAUCAUAUUCUUAUGCGGCUGUAUUGGGUGCUUCCUUAUCUCGGAGUACAACACCGGAUCCCCAACUUGUCGCUAGGAGUCCCAGUCCUUGUCUGGCUCCUAUCGGCGGAGAGAGAACAUGCACAUCAGGGAAAAAAAGCUUUAAUAGUCCAAACUCAUUCAGUGGUGUCUCGUCUACCAUGAGUGAAUCUACUGAUUUGGUGGCUGCUUUGUCUGGCAUGAACCUGUCUAAUGCUGUGAUAGAUGAAGUGAACCAUUUGCCGCCACAGAUUGGACAGGAUAUUGAUGACCACAAGAAUUUUUACUUCGAUCAUCAAGGUGGUCAGAAUAAUAUCAAACAACAUUCAUACAUGAAGAAGUCUGAAUCUGGGCAUUUGCAUAUGCCUUCUGCUCCACUGUCAGCAAAAGUAUCAUACUCUGAUUCAAGCAGGAGCAGUGGGGCUGUAUCAGACCUUGGUAACUCGUCCUUGGUACAGAAUAAGAAGGUUGACCUGCCUAAUACUGCCAUUUCCCCCAAUAAUUUAUACCUAAAAGGAACAUCUGAUAACAAUGGAGGGGGUUUACCUUCUUAUUAUCAGCAUGCGGAUAGUGCAAAUUUAUCAUUUUCGAACUAUGGUUUAAAUGGGUACUCAAUAAAUCCUGCAAUGCAGUCCAUGAUCGCAAGCCAUCGUGGCACUUCUAAUCUGCCACCUUUGUAUGAAACUGUGUUGGGGGGACGCUUGCCUUCUGGAUUGAAUCUAAGCGCUGCAACAUCAGAAUCACAGAAUCUGAGCAGCAUCGAGAACCAGUUGGCUGGGAAUGCACUUCAUGCACCUUUUGUGGAUCCAAUGUAUCUUCAGUACUUGAGGAGUAUUGAUUAUGCUACUCAACAGGUUGCAGCUUAUAAUGAUCCCUCUAUGGAUAGGAGUUAUUUGGGGAACUCAUACAUGGACUUACUUCAGAAAGCUUAUCUGGGAGCUCAGGUUUCACCUCAAAAAUCCCAGUAUGGUGUUCCCUUUGGCACAAAAUCUAGUGGUUCUAACCACCAUGGUUACUAUAGUACUCCUGCUUAUGGUGUUGGCUUGCCAUAUCCUGGAAGUCCCUUGUCGAGCCCUGUAUUUCCGAACUCUCCUGUUGGCCCUGGUAGUCCUAUGAGAAACUGUGAGCUUAAUAUGCGAUUUCCUUCUGGUAUGAGAAACUUGGGGACAGGUGUAAUUGGACCCUGGCACUUGGAGGCCGGUUGUAAUGUAGAUGAUAGCUUUGCAUCCUCUUUGCUGGAAGAGUUUAAGAGCAAUAAAACUAGGUCUUUUGAACUUUCAGAAAUUGCAGGUUAUGUUGUUGAGUUCAGUGCGGAUCAGUAUGGGAGCCGAUUCAUUCAACAAAAGCUUGAAACAGCCACAACAGAGGAGAAAAACAUGGUUUUCCAGGAAAUCAUCCCCCAGGCUCUAACCUUGAUGACUGAUGUGUUUGGUAACUAUGUGAUCCAAAAGUUUUUUGAGCAUGGAGUUUCAUCUCAGAGAAGGGAAUUUGCUAGCAAGCUUUUUGGGCAUGUGCUGACACUUAGCCUGCAAAUGUAUGGUUGUCGGGUGAUCCAGAAGGCAAUAGAAGUUGUUGAUCUGGACCAGAAGAUUAAAAUGGUUGGGGAGCUAGAUGGUCAUGUCAUGCGCUGUGUACGUGAUCAGAAUGGUAAUCAUGUCAUCCAGAAGUGUAUCGAAUGUGUUCCUGAGGAACAUAUUGAAUUCAUCAUCUCAACAUUUUUUGAUCAAGUUGUGACCCUUUCCACCCAUCCAUAUGGGUGCCGAGUGAUACAGAGAGUAUUGGAACACUGCAGGGACCCUAAAACCGAUAGUAAAAUGAUGUGUGAGAUCUUAGGAUCUGUUAGCAUGUUGGCACAAGAUCAGUACGGCAAUUAUGUCAUUCAGCAUGUACUGGAGCAUGGAAAGCCACAUGAACGUUCUACAAUAAUAAAGGAAUUAGCAGGAAGAAUAGUUCAAAUGAGCCAGCAGAAGUUUGCCUCCAAUGUUGUAGAGAAGUGUUUAAUUUUUGGUGGUCCUGCUGAACGUCUGCUCCUUGUGAAUGAGAUGCUUGGCUCUACUGAUGAAAAUGAGCCUCUUCAGGCAAUGAUGAAAGAUCAAUUUGCAAAUUAUGUCGUGCAAAAGGUAUUGGAAACUUGUGAUGAUCAGCAACGCGAGCUGAUCCUGUCUCGUAUUAAAGUUCAUCUGAAUGCAUUGAAGAAGUACACUUACGGAAAACAUAUUGUUGCUCGUGUAGAGAAACUAGUUGCUGCUGGAGAAAGGAGAAUUGCUGCUCAGUCUCUCCACACAGUGUAGUUGCCGUAGGAAAGAAGGUUGUUGUACAGCUAACUGAGGCUAGUUUGAGCUACCUCUUUCUCUCUCGUAUGUAGUUUUGCGGCUGUAUCUAUCUUUAAAAUACAGGUGUCAGCUGUAUUGGAAAUAAAAUUGUUGCUUGUACUAGAAAACUGUACAUUUUGUAGUUUAAGGUUUAUACGUAGAAUCAAGUUAGCAGAGGCUCAGAUCAGAAGAGGAGUGCUACUCCUGAUGCCCCUACAUAAGAGAGAAAAGUGAAGAUACAAGUAUUAAAAGGUGUAAAAAUGGGAAAAUGUUGAGGUAGUUUAUGUUUUAACGUGACUGUACAAAUGUUGCCAUGUGGAGACUUGUCAAUGCUUGGGAUGCUCGAAAUUUUCAUGUAAUGGUAUUGACAUUUUUUCUGAUACAUGGCGAGUAUAAUGUUAAGGUCUCUUUCUUUGUUUA